UCGCCUGCAAUGCGCAGAGUAGAGGUAACAGCUGAUUCGUUCUUCCUAACCUCAACCGCACGGUCGACUUUACGUUCCUUCGAAUCAACGGCGUCCGCGACUUCCACGGUAGUAAGGAUCGGGAUUCGCGGAGGACUGAGCGAUCGCGAUUGAUUUAAGUCGGGCCAGAUUGAAUCGGCAACAAUGGUGAAAAUCAACACGCGAUGGAAGACCGCCGAGGACUUCAAACUCCUGCGUGGAGCCAAUGUUGGAACGAAGGUUAAAUACUUCUGGCGCAAAGGAUGGGUAGAAAUCCCGGUGAUAAUGGGAUCCUCAUUUCUCGCGUUAAUAGGACUCGGUAUGACCGCCUACACGAUAUAUUUCCACUUAACGCACGACAUGACUCCGAAGUAUUACAACACGCCGAAAAUUUACAGACCGGACGAUCCGGAAGUCAAGAGGAUCCGUCACACCUCGUUUUUUGACGAUAAAUAAUUUGCAUUCAAUAAAUAUCAAUAGCACAACAUCUAAGAUGGUACAUAGUCAUUAUAUAUUCCUUCGUUGUAGAUUUAUGUUUCAAAUAAAUGUAUAAAGUGUUGGUAUCACA